ACAGUUCUUUGUUUACAAUUAAAAUGUAAACAACUUCGUUCAGAACAGACAGAUCAGAUCAAAAUGAUUCGAGCCGUAUGUAUUAGGCUAAAUUGCAGAUCGGUUAUUUUCCUAAUGAUAUCAUUAAUAGCAUCCCAUAUUAGAAUCAUUCACACAUCUGUUAAUUCCAACAAUCCGGAAGUAAUCCCAACAAAACUAGAAAAGAUUAGCUCUGACAAUGACCGAAGUGCGCUGACUAUAAAUUCUGGGACUAAAAUACCUUCCGAUACCAGCCACUGCCCGAACGGAACAUUGUGCAGCGAUUUACCCAACUCAUGCCUUCAGUGCAACUACAAUCCCCAGUGCAUUUACGGAGCGGAAAUUAAUGUGACCUGCAUACCGAAAAGUUCCGUCUCCUGUCACAAUGAUCCAUCCGGGCACGAGAUCAAGCGACGAACGAUUUGCCGGUACUGCUACCAAACCGAGCGCUGGGAGCAGAUUUGCGAACAGAAAGGAGGCUGUAACUCAAUCGAUUCUCAGUUCAAAACCAAUUGUACCGUGAACAGUGAAAUACUCUGCAUGGGCCAUCGGACGUUCAUGAAGAAAGUUCCCUGCAACUGGACCCAGGGCUACAGAUGGUCGACGACGUUGAUUCUGAGCAUAACGUUGGGCGGGUUCGGGGUUGACCGAUUCUUUCUGGGACACUGGCAGGAAGGAAUCGGCAAACUUUUUAGCUUUGGUGGUUUGGGAGUUUGGACAUUGAUCGAUGUGCUGCUGAUCUCGCUGCACUAUUUGGGACCUGCGGAUGGGUCUCUGUACAUCUAGGAUGAAGCGUAUUUUUCCCGAGCACAAGUAACUAUGGACUUGCGAUGUGAUAAUUAGAAAUAAAUAUUUUCGUUCGAAAAACAUAGAGGAGAAACAAUUGGUAUGAUAAAAAGCUCAUCGACCUUCCGAUACCAGCCACUGCCCGAACGGAACAUUGUGCAGCGAUUUACCCAACUUAUGCCUUCAGUGCAACUACAAUCCCCAGUGCAUUUACGG